AGCUUUACAGACGCAGAACAUCAGGGCCACGGGUGUACGUCAUUUCCCACAAUGCACCUGGACAGGAAAAAACAGAGAGCCAAGAUGGCGGCGGACAGUGAUCCCGAGUCUGAAGUGUUUGAGAUCACUGACUUCACCACCGCGUCGGAAUGGGAGAGUUUAUGUUGCUGUAGAUUCAUAUCUCGGGUCGAGGAGGUGCUCAAUGACUGGAAACUGAUCGGCUCUCGUGUUGGGAAACCUCUGGAGAAGGGAGAACUGACCAGCGGCUCGUGGGACGAGACGACUCAGGAGAUCAACUUCGCUGACUUCAAGUUCUCCAUAACUCAUCACUAUCUGAAGCAGGAGUCCUCUGAGAACGAGAGCAGGGAUGAGCCGGAGGAAGAUGCAUAUCCUCUUGCCAUGCAGGACCUGCUGUGCAUGAACAAUGACUUUCCUCCAAGAGCGCACUGCCUCGUCAGAUGGUUCGGUGUGCGUGAGUUCGUGGUGAUUUCUCCAGGAGCAAACUGUGAAGCAGUGGUCAGUGAGUCCAAGUGUAACCUGCUGCUGAGCUCUGUGUCCAUCGCUCUGGCCAACACAGGCUGUCAGGUGCCGCUGCUGGUGCAGAUUCAGCAGAAGUGGAGGAAGGUGUAUGCUGGUGAGUGUCAGGGGCCCGGGGUCCGCUCAGACUUUGAGAUGGUGCACCUGCGUAAGGCUCCUGGUCAGUACACACACCUGUCGGGUCUCCUGGACGUCUUCAAGAACAAGAUUGGCUGUCCGCUGACCCCGCUGCCGCCCAUCAGCAUCUCCAUCCGCUUCACCUUCGUCCUGCAGGACGGUCAGCAGUGCUCCUGGCCACAGCAGCCUCCAGACUUCGAUGCGCUGCUCGCUGGAGAGGUGGGAGGCGUGGAGUUCGGAAAACUUCCCUUCGGAGCGUGUGAAGAUCCCAUCAGUGAACUUCAUCUGGCCACUACCUGGCCGAACCUGACCGAGGGGAUCGUGGUGGAUAACGAUGUUUAUUCUGAUCUGGAUCCUCUUCAGGCUCCUCACUGGUCCGUCCGUGUGCGGAAAGCAGACAAUCCUCAGUGUUUGCUGGGUGAGUUCCUCAUGGAGUUCUUCAAGCUCUGCUGCCGGAAGGAGACCGUCGAGGAGAUUCUGGGGAGGAACGCCGCCGAGGACGAAGGGAAAGAGAACAGUGACAUCAGUCAGGCGCUGUCCAAGCUGACCGAGCCGGCGUCCGUCCCCAUCCACAAGCUGUCCGUCUCCAGUAUGGUGCACAGCGCCAGGAAACGCAUCCGGAGACACCGGCGCUCCGAAGAGUCUCCGCUCAACAACGACGUGCUCAACUCCAUCCUGCUGUAUCUGUUCCCGGACGCCGCUCUGGACAAAGCCGACUGGAGCGAGGUCAGAUCCACGCAGGAACCGGCCCGAGACUCGGAGGAUUACCUGCUCUACAACCAGCUGAAGUCUUCUCCGAGCGACAGUCUGACCUCUCGCCUGGCGCUGUGUGUCUCGAUGGUCAACUUCCAUCACGGAGGGGUGCGAGCCGUGGCUCAUCUGUGGCAGGAGUUUGUUCUGGAGAUGCGUUACCGCUGGGAGAACAACUGCCUGAUCUACGGGCUGGCGAGCGGAGCUCCGGAUCUCAGGUGCUGCCUCCUUCAUCAGAAGCUACAGAUGCUGAACUGCUGCAUCGAGCGCAAGAAAGCGAGGGAUGAUGGGAAGAAGAGCGGGUCGUCAGACGGAGCCCGGAGCCGCCCGGGGCCCGAGAGCACGGGGCCCGCCGAGGUUUCUCCGGGGAAGUCCUGGGACUCGUGGAGCGACAGCGAGGAGGAGUUCUUCGAGUGUCUGAGCGACACGGACGAGAUGAAGGAGACAGAGACGGACAGCGAGAAGAAGACGGUCAGUAAGAGCAAAGCCGAAGGACGUCUGCAGACUCACGGAAAACUGACCCUUCUGAACUCCCCGGAGCCGCUCUACAUCCCCGUCACGCAGGAGCCUGCGCCGAUGACCGAGGACCUUCUGGAGGAGCAGUCUGAGGUUCUGGCCAAACUGGGCACGUCUGCUGAAGGAGCUCAUCUCCGUGCUCGUAUGCAGAGCGCCUGCUUGCUCUCGGACAUGGAGUCCUUCAAGGUGAGCCCUGACCCGGGCUGUUGUCUGGAGGAUUUUGUUCGCUGGUACUCUCCGAGGGAUUACGUGGAGGAAGAGGUGGUGGAUGAAGCGGGGCAGACGGUUAUUCGGGGCGAGCUGAGUGUCCGGAUGAAGAUCCCGGGGAACAUGUGGGUGGAGGCCUGGGAGACGGCCAGAGCGACUCCGGCCCGGCGGCAGAAGAGACUGUUCGACGACACCAAAGAGGCUGAGAAGGUACUGCAUUACCUGUCGCAGCAGAAAGCGUCGGAUCUGACGAGGCACCUCUUGCCCUGUGUUCUUCACGCGGCUCUGCUGAAGAUCAAGGAGGAAGAGUCGUCUGAAGACAUCUCCUCGGUGCGUAAAUCUCUGCAGCAGAUCACGGCUCAGGCCAGCAAACUUCUGAGACACCCCAGCCCUGACCUCAAGAAGCUGGAGGACAUCAUCGCUCAGAUGCGCGCAGUGGAGGCCGUCAUUGCUCGUGCCCGGUCACUCAAGGCUAAGUUUGGCAUCGUUGGAGGAGAGCGGGAGGAAGACGCUGACGAGCUGGAGAGGUUCGUCAGCUGUUUGCUCGAGGAGCCUGAGGUUUCUGUGGUUGGAGCCGGACGAGGACCUGCUGGAAACGUCAUUCAUAAGCUGUUCGUCAGCUCUCAGCGGUUGGCCGACUCCAGCGACGAGGCCGCUCUGCUGGCUCCGAUGGAGGACGAGGCGGGACGCUCUGGAGGGACGGACGACAGGAAAGCGGUUCCGGAUUUCCCGCCCCCUGCUGGACGAGAGGUUCUGCUGCGCACCUGUGUCCCGCGGCCCGCGCCGUACUCCAAGUCCCUGCCGCAGAGGCUCUUCUGUGUGCUGAUGAGGGACGAGUUCAGGCUCGCCGGGGCCUUCUCCUCCGACACGUCCUUCUUCUGAGUCUCCUGCUAGACUCGGACUCUUACGGAGCUAAACGCAACGCUCGAGAAACCCUUAACGUGGCGUAAUGCAUUAAUACAUACCUUUUAAAGACCAAACUCUGUAAAUAUGUAAUUAACAGAUCAUACCCUAUACAGACAAGCAGAUGAGCCCGGAGUAAGAUCUCAACACGUUAAGUGUUUCCUUUGCAUGGAGAAUCAUUAUAAAGGAAAUGCUUAACGUGGCUUAAUGCAUGAAGACCAAACUCUGUAAAGAUGUUAUUAAUAAGUCAUAAAGAACCUGGUAUUUUUGUUCCAUAGAAAUUAAUUAUAAGGAAAACUCUUAACGUGGUUUAAUGCAUAAAGACGUGAAUUGCAAAACAAUCGCAAUUAAACGCAUUCAGAGAAAAGUUUGUUUACAUACAUGUGCGUGUAUACUAUAUAUAUAUUCAUUAUGUGUGUAUACAAAUGUAUUGUGUAUGUAAUUUAUAUUAUGACAGUAUUUUAGAUAUAAAUAUACUUUUUUUCAUUA